CUGAACGAAUGCAAGAGAUAAUAAAAUAUUAUACGCCCAAAUACAGAACUAUUCGCCAUCUUGAAAGAGAGUGACAGACAUAUACGAUAGCGCAUCAGCUAAAAUGAGACUUCCGAUAUUUGAUUACUGUAGAGCGUAAUUUCAACAAAGUUGGUUAUUACAAAAUGAAUGAAUCCGUUUGAUCGACAUUCGUGUGAGACGCUCUAAUUGGAAUUUUAUGAUUUUUUCAAUAAUGCAAAGGUGUUUAUGGUGCAGUGCUGAUGGAUAGGAUCGAAGAGAGGAGGCUGUACAAUGGAAACGGAGUCGGUGAGGUCUGAGCUGAGCAGCCGGUCGCGACGGAGCUCGAGGCACCGGCAGCACACGCAUCGAAGCACCCGGAGCACAAAGUCACAGAGAAAAGAAUCUUCAGAUAACACAAUGGCACCAUUCCAAACCAGUGUAAACAUCAACCCGGAGAUGGGUAGAGAUGGUCAGGAAGUUAUAGAGGUCCAAAUCUUGCCACAGGAUGAGAACUGGGGAGAAAACACUACCGCAGUCACUGGAAACACUUCCGAGGGCUCCCAAUCCAUGGAGGAUGUCAGCAACUGGCCCAUGGAGUCAGAUAAUGGAAUUGGUUUUGUGUGCACCAGAUAUUUUGGCACAACAAUAGCUCUUGGACUGUCCUUUGUCUCAUUUGUGAGUCCAUUAGCAAUGGUAGUGCUGCCAAAGAUUGGAUUCUUCCCUGGAUUGUCAGAUAAUAUAGCUAUACAGCCAAGUCAGAGGAUACAGCUGCUCUCUUGCACAGCAGAAUGUAAAGGAAUACUCCUUUCUCUUGCCUUCAAACUUGUAUUACUUGCCAUUGGAGUGUGGGCAGUAUUCCUACGACCAAGAAACGCAAUAUUACCAAGAAUAUUUGUCUUCAGGGCAAUGACACUGGUAAUCCUAGCUGUGUGUAUAUUUUCAUACUGGUUGUUCUACAUUGUUCAAAUAACGGAGGCAACUAAAGCCCUUGCAGUGGGCGAGGAAGCAAUUGAUUAUAACUCUCUAGUAUCCUACGUAUCCAGUUUCGCUGAUACAUUACUGUUUAUACACUAUGUAGCUGUAAUUUUGAUGGAGAUCAGGCAUUUAGAGCCUGUGUACUACAUAAAGAUAGUUCGGAGCCCUGAUGGUGAAAGCAGGUCUUAUUCCAUUGGACAGUUGAGUAUACAAAGAGCAGCUGUUUGGGUUUUACAGAAGUAUUACACUGAGUUUCCGAUAUACAACCCCUAUUUGGAGAAGAUUCCUAUAUCUAAGUCGCAGAGGAAGGCACAGUCUAGUAUAAAGUUCUAUGAGGUGGAUGGGUCCACUAAUGCCACGCCUGGACAAGCUAGAUCUACAACGGGCUCGUGUGGCGGCGGCAGUACCCGUCGCCGCGACUCUGGCUCGGCGCACAACGAGCGGUACUACGAGGAGGCGGAGCGCGAGCGGCGCGUGCGCAAGCGGCGCGCGCGACUACUCACCAGCGCUGAGGACGCCUUCGCGCAUGUACGCAGGGUGCGCGUGUCUAGUAAUGGUACGGGCGGUGCGCUGGGUCCCCGCGAGGCGGCGCAGGCAGUGUUCCCGUCGCUGGCGCGGGCGCUGCAGAAGUACCUGCGGGCCACGAGACAGCAACCGAGGCACUCCGCUGACUCGGUCCUCGCACAUUUAGCGCGCUGUCUCUCCCAAGACGCGUCUCCACGUGCCUUCCUAGAACCAUUCCUGGUUGAAGGACCUGUAUUAGCAGCUGACCAAGAGACCAGACCCAUCCAAAGAUGGUCCCUGAUCUCCGACGAGCUUCUAGCCAGACCGCUGGCAGACAAUGUGGAAUUUCAACUAAGACAGGGUGAUAUCUCACUUAUUUGUACUAUAAAGCAACUGCCCAAGUUCUCACUGACUGAGGAGGUCGUUGACCCCAAGAGCAACCGUUUCAUUUUGCGGCUAAAUUCAGAGACGUCCGUUUGACAAGAGGAGUUUUGUAGUAGGGAUGACUUCAGACUCGUAUGACAUACGGAGUACUUUUAGGUUUGGUUAUGGACAGAAGUUUUGUUUUCGACCCUUGAGAUUGUGUGUAGAUAUGUAUAAUAUCUAUUUCUAAUGUUAUAUCGGUACUUAAGUGUGUUUGGAGUGACAAAAAUUUGUUUAUGGUAAGAAAAAUGACAAUGACUGUUACUAAGGAAACUUUUACUCAACAGUAAUUGGACUCUAAUCGCGAGUGGCGCCACCUAGUGAGGCUCGGGAACUCGGUGUCUCCUUUUCUAAGGGAUUUUCAAUAUCAAAAUCUAUACUACAAAUCUAGAUUUCCAUUUGGAGUACAAUAUAACAAUGAUAGUCAAACUGAAUUAAACUAAAUAUUGCCAUAUGAAACAUCUACUAAAGUGUAGAUAAUUUCAACUGGCAACUCUGAGGAGAAAUACUGUAAAUAAGUUCCUUAGCUUGAAUUAUAUACAUAUAUAAAAAAAUACGUCUGUUAACGCUUGUGUUCAAUUUGGUGCGAAGUAAAGCUUCUGUUCAUUACCUUUCGAGAAGUAAUGUGCUGUUCGUUUUGCAGUCAAUUCAAUAUGGCUUCUGCAAAUGUUUUAAUGUACUGUGUGGUUGUUAUUUAUGGAUUGAAUCUUAGAUUAUGCAGCGCAUAGUAAGUGAAUUUAAAAUAAAACGACCUCUUCUGUCAAAGUUCAGAAAUUAAGUAAUGAUGUCUGUUUUUUGGUUCACCAGAUGGCAGUUAUGAAGCAUGAGGUCUGUUUGUCCUGUCAAAUGUUAGGAAAAAAGUAAGAUAAAUGUAGAUGUCAUAAGUUUAGUGCUCAAUAGUUACACACUGGCUAAUUCUCUAUUGAACGAACGGACCUCAAACUACAUUAACGCUAUCUAGGGCCAUAGUACGAAUUUGCUUUAUGUUCAACGUGAUCGAGAAGAAAGCGCGUUCAUCGGUCUGAUUGGCCAGCUCGAAUGAAUUCGAUUUAGUUGAACGUAAAGCAAACUCGUACUAAGGGUUCUGGUGAGCAAUCAAACCGCUAGCUUAGAAUAUUGUAAUUUUUCGUAAGACUACAAGAACACUUUCCAUUUUAUUCUACCAUUAGGUAGACCAUAUUCUAAGAUUUUGAUAAAAAUAUUUUUCUAUUAUAAAAGCCCAAUGCAAGCUUACAGAUUGUAUGCUUUGCAGAAGAUAAAGAUUUAUUUUAUACAAAGAAUGACAACUUAGAACUUGAC